AUUUGUGGUUAAUAACACAAGCAAAUAACAAUCACAAAUAAUCCGUUACAAAAAAAAUUCCCACAAAACCCCUUCAUCUUCUUCUUCCUCCACACCCACCCACACUUCUCCCACCCUGCAACACCAAUGGAAAUAACCACCAAUCUCCGCCACACCAACCUCCGCUCCACUUUCCUCACCACCACAACCCUCACCAACCACCGCAAACCCUAUUUCCGCCCCUUCACCCGCCCAAUUUCAACAACCCUAACAAACUGCAUCAACAAACCUAACAAACACCUUCACACACAUCAUCCAAUUAGGUUAAACGUAACAAACGCCAUUGCUAUAGACACUCAAACCACCACUACUAGUAUAGACACAGAUGAUACAGACGAUAUAGAGUCACUAUUCUCAAACACCUCGCCGGAAACCGUCGAUUUCCGGCGAGCAAACAACAAGCACUCCGGUGCGUCAACAAUAUCUUCAGGUGUUAGGUUAGAAAACAUUAGUAAAAGCUACAAAGGUGUUACAGUGUUGAAAGAUGUAAGUUGGGAGGUGAAAAAGGGGGAGAAAGUAGGGUUAGUAGGUGUGAAUGGAGCUGGUAAAACCACACAGUUAAGGAUUAUAUCCGGUGCGGAGGAACCGGAUUCCGGGAAUGUGAUUAAGGUGAAACCGAAUAUGAGGAUAUCGUUUUUGAGUCAGGAGUUUGAGGUGUCGGAGAGUAGGACGGUUAAGGAGGAGUUUUUGGAUGCGUUUAAGGAGGAGAUGGAGGUUGCGAAGCGGUUGGAGAAGGUGCAGAAGGCGAUUGAAGGUUCGGUGGAGGAUUUGGAGUUGAUGGGGAGGCUUUUGGAUGAGUUUGAUUUGCUGCAGAGGCGUGCGCAGGCGGUGAAUUUGGAUGUUGUGGAUGUUAAGAUUAGUAAGUUGAUGCCGGAACUUGGGUUUUCGGUUGAAGAUGCGGAUAGGCUUGUUGCAUCGUUUAGCGGUGGGUGGCAGAUGAGGAUGUCACUUGGGAAGAUAUUGCUUCAGGAUCCAGAUUUGUUACUACUGGAUGAACCUACAAAUCAUCUUGAUCUAGACACGAUUGAGUGGCUUGAAGGUUACCUUAACAAGCAAGAUGUUCCAAUGGUGAUCAUAUCUCAUGACAGAGCUUUUCUUGAUCAAUUAUGCACAAAGAUAGUGGAAACUGACAUGGGUGUUUCUAGAACAUUCAUUGGAAACUAUUCCGACUACAUAAUCGGUAAGGCAUCGUGGAUCGAAGCUCAGUUUACUGCAUGGGAGAAGCAACAGAAGGAAAUCGAGCAUACACGAGGCUUAAUUAGUAGGUUAAGUGCUGGAGCAAAUUCUGGGCGCGCCUCUACGGCUGAAAAGAAGCUAGAAAAGCUUCAGGAGGAGGAACAAGUUGAGAAACCAUUUAUUCGGAAACAAAUGAAGAUUAGAUUCCCGGAACGUGGAAGAAGUGGGAAAGAAGUCGUGACGAUAAAAAAUCUGGGAUUUAGCUAUGAGGACAAGGUUCUCUUUGAAAAAGCUAACAUAUCAAUUGGAAGGGGUGAGAAAAUUGCGAUAAUUGGGCCAAACGGUUGCGGAAAGAGUACUCUGCUCAAGUUGAUAAUGGGCUUACAAAGCCCAGAUAACGGAGAAGUAAUUCUUGGCGAACAUAACGUGCUACCAAAUUACUUUGAGCAAAAUCAGGCGGAGGCUCUUGAUCUAGAAAAAACAGUGCUUGAUACUGUAGCCGAAGUUGCAGAAGAUUGGCGAAUCGAUGAUAUAAAGGGACUCCUUGGACGUUGCAAUUUUAAGGCUGAUAUGCUAGACAGGAAAGUCUCUCUAUUGAGUGGUGGUGAAAAGGCCCGGCUUGCGUUUUGUAAGUUCAUGGUUACGCCUUCCACCUUACUGGUGUUGGAUGAGCCGACUAAUCACUUGGAUAUACCUUCAAAAGAAAUGCUCGAGGAAGCGAUUUCUGAGUACGAGGGAACUGUCAUUACGGUAUCUCAUGACCGAUACUUCAUAAAACAAAUAGUGAACAGAGUUUUAGAAGUAAAAGAUGGAAAUUUGGAAGACUAUAAUGGCGACUACGACUACUAUCUCGAGAAGAACCUUGACGCAAGAGAAAAGGCGCUUGAGAGAGAAGCGGAGCUAGAGGACAAGUCCCCUAAAGCAAAAGCCAAAUCCAAGAUGUCGAAGGCGGAAAGAGAAGCUCGGAAGAAGCAAAAGAUGCAGGCAUUUCAGCAGGCGAAACAGAAAUCGAAGGGACUGAAAAAUUCAAAAAGGUGGAACUGAAGAAGAGAUAUUGAUUUGUACAUAUUUCAGAUAUAGGAAUUAGAUUAUGGAUGGCUGGUCAUGGUGUUUUUUUGGUGCUUAAACCUGUGGUGGCCUGUCUAAUUUACUAUUUUCAAACAACUCAAUUAUCUUAUAUUCAUCUUCCUGCUAUUCAUAGUUGUAAUAAUUGUCA